AUGACUGAGCAGGCCGCAUUCAAGCUGAACAGGGCCAGAGCCCUGGUUCGUGAAACCCAGCAGUGGGCUGCCCGCGCGGGCAAAACGUUGCUCGCUGUCGACCUCUGUCAAAUUGAGGGAAGGCUUGGUACGGCAAUGGAACAAUACCACGUCGUCCUCCCUCCCCGACAGUCCGCCGCACGGACACGGGCCGGUUCUCAGAAUGGAAACGGUGCCCGCAAGCCCUGGUAUGGACCACGGCAGUUUGAAUCCCAUGAAAGGCUCGCGGGUUCGCGCCCUUCUCAAUCCGAAGGCAACAGGCACAACGCACCUCCUCUCCCGACCAAGAAUGGCGGCUCACAGGCUUCCACUGUCUUCCCUAUUCCUGGAGCCCCUACUGCCCCCAGAUCUAUGCUGCGGCCUGCUGCUACCAACCCCCCACAUCAGGAAUUGCUGAUUGACUUCACUGAGGAUGUUGCCGUUGUUGGUUUUGCCCAGACUGUGGAGAAGAACGAAUCCCCGGACAAUACGCCAGUCCCUAUGCGCGUCUCGUUGCCUUUUCAGCCUGAGUCGGAUGCAUUGAUCAGCUUUGACUCUGACAGUGAUACCCACUCAGAGAGCAACAUCAAAUCAAAGAAUUCCAAGGUACCCACCCUGUCUACCACUGCGCCCGUCUUCGCGCCGAUGGCCAUCUCUGGGGCUAUCUCAGGUAUCCUACUCUCCUUUGACGAGGAUGUCGAGGUCGUGCCCGUUGCUUUGGCCUCUGUUAUGGCCUUCUCGGACCAAGACCUCGACAGAGAUCUUCAACCAGAGGAUCAGGUUGUCGAGGCAGAUCCUGCGGCUGCGACAAGCGUUACUACUAUGGUCUUGAGCCAAAGCGCGAACGAGAACAAGAUUUCCAAGCUGAAGGAUCAAGAGAUCGUUGCGGUGCCUCCUCAGUCAGUGAAUACUUCCGGUGCCUCUGAUACCAUGGAAGUAGAUUCGACUGGCAUUUCCAUGGACGCGGAGACCCCUGGAGCCGAGCCGGCUCUUCACUCUGAUAAUGAUGGCCCCGAUUCCCACAAGCACGCUCAUUUGGUAGAUGAUGGAAGUGCUGUCCUGGUACCCGUGGAUGUGACCCCCUUGGAUGUCAGCCCCAAAGUGGUGGACGAUCUUGAUGACCGGACCAUGUACUGUGUUCAAAAGCUCAGGAUGCUACUUGAGAAGCACUUGGAGACUACCAUCCGCGUAUGA